UCAUGCAAUAUUACGACAAUAGACAUGUCAAAAAAUACAAUCAUACAAUCAAUGUGUCUGUUCAUGAAUGUUUACAUGGAUAUUUACAACGUGAAAUAUAACUUGUGCUGGAUUAUUGACAACUGUUGAUAAUGCCUUCUUUUUUUAGAUUAUUUGGAGCAAAGUCCUUAGUAUAUAAAGCUGUUAUACGUAAUUAAAUAAUUAUCAAUAAACCAAUGGAUUUAAUUUUUUUAACAUGAACUAAUUACUCCACUGAUGUGUUUUGAAACAGUCGGAAACAAACCUAAGUGGGUUUUCAUUACAAUUUAUUCUGCUAUCUGCUGAAGUUUGCUGGCAUAUAAGAUUAUAUCUCGGACAGGAUGUAAAUUAACAAUGAAACAUUAAAACACGUGUAAGGUUUUUUUUCCAUAACAAAUCAAUAAACUAGACUUUUCGUAUACCAUAGACUGCGAAAUCCAUAGAGACAUAAUUUUACUUGCGUAUAAGCCUGUCUAGGGUGCUUGAACGGUGUUACGCUUUCCUUUACCUCUCAUGAGCACACCAUCAAACCGAGCCUGCUAUUAUUUUGUUUGGUAGCAUUCCAUGCUUCCAAAGGAUCUUCUAGUAGAUUUCAUUGGACAUUUUACAUAACAAAAAGGAUUAAACAGAUGCAUUUAGAAUUAAGGAUAUGAUUUCGCUUGGAGCAGAAUAAUUGUGGUACAUUUUUUAACAGUUACGAAGUUUUAAUAACUAUAAUAUAUUAGUUGUUUACAAUGCAGUUUAGCCAAAUGCUCUAUAUAUUAGUUGUUUACAAUGCAGUUUAGCCAAAUGCUAGUAUGUUUUUUUUAAAUAACUGGUUUUCAGAAACAAGACAGCAUUUUUCACGUACCAAGGCACUAUCUACAUUUUGCACGAAAAUUAGACCUUACGUAAUGUGCGAAGACGUAUUCAAGUAAUAUUAGCCGAACACAAAGCUUAUCAGCUUAAAUAUAUUGAUAUAACUCUCUACAAAGUACUUGACGGGAGCGAAGGGUAAACAAAGUGUAUAGGUGAUAAAUAAUGAUUACACUCACAACGAAACAUUGAUUUUUUUUCUGUUCCUCAAGCUUAAUAACUCUACAUUAUCUUCAGCACAUCGAAAAGUUGUUUGAGAUAGGACGUGGAAAUGUAUUUGAAAACUGCUGAAUUACGAAAUGGAUUUUUUUUUAAAGUUAAACAUUAUUGUAUACUGGAUAUUACUUCCUUCAUAAGAAAAUGAAUAACUGAGUUUUCAAAAGGAUCUAUUUUGUAAAUAAAACCAGCAAUAUAUUUAUAAUAAAUACCAAUCAUCGGGUAACAUAUAUAUCAAUUGAUGUGAGAAACUAAAAUGUGGAAAAUGUUAACAAAACAAUUUUUGAUGAAAAAGCACUGAGCAGCCAUACAUAAUAAAUUUAAAGGAUUACUUCGUCCUAGAAAUAUUUUUGAAGUGAAGAAGCCUUAAAAAGUGAAAACACAAACAGAAAAUCAGUUUUAUUAUAGAAAGAAGAAAUCGUCCACAAAAAAAAAAAUGCGUGUAUGCAUGUGAUUCAAAUUGUGUAAUAAGAAUAGUAAAACAGUAUUACUUAAAGUAAAGUGGCAAUGAUUACACUUUAAACACAAAACACAACACAUUUAACAAAAUGGCUUCGGAUAUUGAAAACUUACAUCCAAUGUUCAAAGACAUGUUAAGUCGUUCGGACGGCUGGACAGACAAUGUGAAUGAGUCUAGUUUGGACUACAACUUUAUGACACGCCAUCCAACAAUGUCAGUGAUGUUUCUUAUAUUUACCAGUAUAGCUGCGGCGGCGGGAAAUAUCGGCAAUGUUUUGGUUAUUGGAGCCGUCAUCAGUUACCGGCCACUCCUGCGUAACAAAGGAAGUAUGUUUGUAAUAAACCUCGCUAUAGCGGACCUGUGUAUAACCGGCAUUGUGUGUCCAAUGAAUAUGAUAGGUGUGACAAAGGGACCUCGUUUCUUUUUGGAUAAAGUUCAACUUUGUAAUUUACUAGGGAGUAUUUGUACAGUCAGUUGUAUUGUGUCCAUGCUGUCAAUAGCGGCAGUAGCUGUCAAUAGAGCCAUACAAAUAUGCAAGCAUUUCUCUUACGAAAGAAUAUUUACACAGAAAAAGACUGUAAGUUAUUGCAUUGCCAUAUGGCUGUGUACGAUCUUACUCGAUCUUCCAAACUGGCUUGGAAUAGGCGGACACACAUUUGCGUUGAAGGAAAUGGGUUGCACUUUUGAUAGAGUUGCAAACUACACUUACACCGUCAUUCUUACAGUUAUGACGAUUGCAUUUCCUAUGACAAUAGUGUUUACGUCAUACCUUACCAUUCUGUGUUACGUCAGAUCAAAACGAGAAAAUUUUGAAAAGAAUUUUGGAAACCUGCCAAAACAAAGAAAACACGAUGAAGUACAAUUCAGUAUUACAUUAUUUAUUGCAUUUUUAGCCUUCUUACUGUGUUGGAGUUUAUACAUGAUAGCAGUUCUAAUAGACAGAUAUGACGAGUGGCCGAAACAAGUGUAUGUAUUCGGUACUUUAUUUGGACAUAGUAACAGUUGCAUGAAUCCAAUUAUAUAUGCUUAUUUUAAUGAAAGAUUCCGAAGAGGGUACAAAGUGUUCAUUAAAAAGUUGUGUUGUCGGAAGGUUACAAAGGAGCCGUUUUUAAGAGAUGCACAUUUUAUAAGUACCAUAAAAUCUUCGAAAAGGUCAACAAGUUCAGACAUGUCAACGUCCUGCAAAAGAGCCGACGUCGAUGACAUCAAUGUACAAUUAUGAUCAACAUGUAACAAUUGUGACACUGCAACGCAAAAGUUAUUAAAAUACAUGUAUCUUGUUCAAGUUAUUUUUGGGCGUUGAUUAAUUUAUUUACUGAUAGCCAGUUGGUGCCAUUGGUGGCUUUCAUUUCUCCAUAAUCAGAUUUUAAUCUGUAAUCAUACUAGUCACUUGCAGAUUUAAUUUCGUUUAAUAAACUGCUCAAAACAUAAAUUUAGAAAUAUUAUUUUUCAUAUAAAAAAUGUUUUCCUAUUUUUAUCUAAUAAUAAAUUCAUAGUCUUAUCGUAUUAUAUGUUAGUAUUUAAAUGCUGAUUAUGUUGAUACAAGAUAUGUAGAUUUGAGUUUGAGGAUUGAAUUGAUGUAUCACAGUCCUAAACUAAAUAAUAUAUUAAACAACAUGAAACUA